GGUUAUUUUAAAGAUCUCUUUAAUAUCGGCCAGUCCAAAUAUUCUCUUGUCAAAUAUUUCUGGGGCCUGUACUUGAAUAAAGAAAUGAUUUUCUCAAAUCUGUGAACAGGACACUUUUUUUAAUGUCAAAAUAAACCAUCUGCUUGUACAACUGUUUCUAAUUACUUCCCUGCCUAGACUCUCCACUGAGGGGUUUGGCACCAGCACCCCGCCCAGAGCAGUGCCGCUGCCCAAAUCCUCGCAGGCAGCUCAUCAACGCAAUUGCAACUCCGGCUGGAGUCCUGGACCUGCAAGCCUGGGUGUCCGUGGGUCCGUCUGCCCGGCCAUCUGCUGGUGGCACCUCUCCCUCCUGCCGACUCCCUUGGUGAACCCCACCUUGCAGAAGUGCAGCUCGCCCAGAGCAGCCCAGGAGCUCAGCAUGCAUUCCCCAGGCUUCAGGAACUUCUUGCUGCUGGCGUCCUCCCUUCUCUUUGCUGGGUUGUCAGCUGUUCCUCAAAGCUUCUCGCCAUCUCUGAGGAGCUGGCCAGGCGCCGCCUGCAGGCUGUCCCGGGCCGAGUCGGAGCGCCGCUGCCGCGCACCUGGGCAGCCUCCGGGGGCCGCGCUGUGCCACGGCCGGGGCCGCUGCGACUGCGGCGUCUGCAUCUGCCAUGUGACUGAGCCGGGCAUGUUCUUCGGGCCCCUGUGUGAAUGCCACGAAUGGGUGUGCGAGACCUACGACGGGAGCACCUGUGCAGGUCAUGGUAAGUGUGACUGUGGCAAGUGCAAGUGUGACCAGGGAUGGUAUGGGGAUGCUUGCCAGUACCCAACUAACUGUGACUUGACAAAGAAGAAAAGUAACCAAAUGUGCAAGAAUUCACAAGACAUCAUCUGCUCUAAUGCAGGGACUUGUGUAUGUGGUGAAUGUACCUGUCACGAUGUUGAUCCAACUGGGGACUGGGGAGAUAUUCAUGGGGACACCUGUGAGUGCGAUGAAAGGGACUGUAGAGCUGUCUAUGACCGAUAUUCUGAUGACUUCUGUUCAGGUCAUGGACAGUGUAAUUGUGGACGAUGUGACUGCAAAGCAGGCUGGUACGGGAAGAAGUGUGAGCACCCACAGUCCUGCACUCUGUCGCCUGAGGAGAGCAUCAGGAAGUGCCAGGGAAGCUCUGCUCUGCCUUGCUCUGGGAGGGGUAAAUGUGAAUGUGGCAAAUGCACCUGCUACCCUCCAGGAGAUCACCGGGUGUAUGGCAGGACUUGUGAGUGUGAUGAUCGCCGCUGUGAAGACCUCGAUGGUGUGGUCUGUGGAGGCCACGGCACAUGUUCCUGUGGUCGCUGCAUUUGUGAGAGAGGAUGGUUUGGAAAGCUCUGCCAACAUCCGCGGAAGUGUAACAUGACGGAAGAACAAAGCAAGAAUCUGUGUGAAUCAGCAGAUGGCAUAUUGUGCUCGGGGAAGGGUUCUUGUCAUUGUGGGAAGUGCAUUUGUUCCGCUGAGGAAUGGUAUAUUUCUGGGGAAUUCUGUGACUGUGAUGACAGAGACUGCGACAAACACGAUGGUCUCAUUUGUACAGGGAAUGGAAUCUGUAGCUGUGGAAACUGUGAAUGCUGGGAUGGAUGGAAUGGAAAUGCAUGUGAAAUCUGGCUUGGCUCAGAAUAUCCUUAACAAUUACACGAGAGAGGAUAACUUACUGGAAACCUGAGGUCAUGCAAAGAAGUCAAGAAGAGAAAUACUGUGAUAAAAUGGCACCAAUCUCAGAAGCUCACAAAGGACCAAAAAAAAUCUAGAAAUGGCUUAAAUAGAAAUUACAAAUAUUCACUCAGUGAUAGGAACAAAAUGUUUAUUUUCUUUAUGGUGAAACUUUGCUUUGUAUGAAAUUCACAUUGAAUUAUGAAAGUGUACAAUAAUUGGGACUUCCCUUACAUAUUUACAGGUAAAUCUACUUAUACACAUUAGUUUAGGCAACCUGUAAUUAUUUAGAGCUAAAAAAAACCACUUUUUUUCUAAAGGUGAAUUAUUUUGUAAAAUCCUAGAAUAAUGUAGCAAAAUCAUUUCUGUAUUACUUUAAAAUGAAAAUUUUUACUUGGAAAUUUUAUUUUAAUGAUGUAAAUAUUCUAGAGUCAUGGCUUAAACUUUAUAAGUCAAAUUUCCAAAAAUAAGGAAAAUAUGCAUCCACUGAGUUACUUAAAAAUUUAAUAUUGAAAAUUAUUUUAAGAGAACAUUUAACUGAUGCUGAGUUUUAUAGUCCUAAAAAUGUUCUCAUAAUGUAAUAGAUUUAUAAAAUUGUUAUCUCUAUCCUGAGAUUAAGGAGUGCAACCAUAUUGUAGUUCUAUUAUUAUGUAAAUUGAUAUAUCUUUUUUGUAAAAUGAGGGAAAUAUAAGUAGUCAAUAAAUAAUGUAGGUUAUAUUCUUUCCUCUUCACUACCUAAACAUUUUAAGCUGCAAACAACCUAUUAUUAUUGUUUUGUAGCAAUUUUGAUGACGUAUUUGCUGAUGCACAGACAGUGGAAUUCAUUAUAUUAUCUAGCUAUCGUAAUACAAAUGACCUUUGGAUUUCCCUACCACAGCGGUUAUCCUCCUAUCAAGGACCAGAAAGUUAAACUUUAUGGACCACAUACAUCCCUGUCUCAUAUUCUUCUUUGUUGGUUUCUGUUUAAUACUUUAAAGCUGUAAAAAAAUAAAAAUUCCUUCUGAGCUCCCAGGCCGUACAAAAACAAAUUAAGGGUGGAUUUGGCUAGCAGCUGGGCAGUACUUUGUCAGCCUCAGCGCCACUGGAACUGUCCUUGAUUCUCUACGGCUCAUCAGAAAACCUCAGGUGUGUCUUAUUUUUCUUAUAAUCCUCUGUAUGUUAUUAUCCUUUUUAUUAACAACAACAACUACAACAAAAGUGCUGCUCUUUUUCAUAGUCUCAUGUAAGAAGAGUGUCAAAAAUGUCCUCAGCAUUUGUUUUUUCAGGAAAAGAAUUUAGAUAUUGGAGAAAUUAGCAUACCAUAAAGUUCAAAAUGUGACUCAUCUAAAAUUUAGGACAAAGAUGAAAAUGUUGUCAGCUCUGUUCUAGUGUUCAUUUAGUUGGAAACCAUAGUACUGGAACUGUAUUAUAGCAUAAGUUUCAUGGUACCUAAACUCUAAGGAAUGCUUUUUCUUUGAAAACAGAAAUAUUUUAUUUUUACUUAUUUCUAUCCCCUGUUUCUUUGUGUGUAUGUGUGUGUUUGUGUGUGUAUGUGUGGUUUUGAUGCCAGCAAUGCAAACACCAAUAUAUCUGUUAAGAAGUGAUUGAAUUUAGAUUGGAAAAAAUAAAAUAGUUACAUGUAAAAACAUAGACUCUUUCCUUUUUAAAUAUGAUUUUGUACUUUUUCAACUCUACGAUAGAAACUCCCUCCUAAAAACAAGCAGGGCGAGAACAAACUUGUAAUGGGUGAGAGAAAAGAAGCAAAUCUCAUUGGCUUUUUCCUGUUUUUAGGAAGUUGCUGUGGGAUUAAUGUCAAUUGGAAGAGAUGCAACAAGUUUAGAGAAGGUGUUGGCACUAACCCUGCUUGUUUGGCAAAUCAUCACUGAGGUAUUCUACCCAAUUACUUUUUCAAAAAAGUCAACUAAAGUACUAAGUCAUGAGAGGAGAGCCAUUAUACCCAUUGUCUUUCUGGGCUCCUUGAGUUUAUCUGGAUUCCAACAGCACUUUGGAAGUACUGCCCUCCAGUACUUCAAAUGCAAAUACAAUCUCUGCCAGGAGAUAUUGGAAUUAGACUUAGUGAAAACCAAGAAAAAAGAAAAAACUAAAAUAUAACUCAGGCUUAGUUUGCAGACUCAACUGUCAAUACUUUGAAACCCUACUCCGUAUUCAAGAGAGUGAAAGGCCCUAUGUGUCACAUUGUAGGCUAAGAAACUUAAGCUAUGACUACUAUUUCCCUCAAAGUAAGACAAUGUACAUCCUGGAUUUUGAUAUGCCUGCAUUUUGGAAAAAAAAUAUUGAGGAUUUAGCCCACUCGCUUUCCCUCGAUAUAGCCUUGUUCUGAACUAAAAUGGAAAAAAAAAUUUCAAUUAUUUUUUCAUCUUCGUCUCAACUGGAUGUUAGUCAAUGUGGUCUCUUCUUGAUUAUGUAUCAAAUGUUAAUGAUCUAUAUAAUAUUAGGGGGAUAAUUUUAAAUGAAGUGAUACAUGUCUAACUUAAAGAAUAAGAAGUUUUUGGUUUUUGCUUUUAAAGACAACCAAAUCUGAUAUUGUUCAUCCUGAUAAAAAUAACUUUUAGUGCUUAAAGCAUUAAGCAAGUGGCUAGGUAUGAUAAAGAAUCUCUGCUUGCUCCCCAAGAGGCAAACUAUUAGAAGAACUGGAGCAGGAGUCCUUUGGACCCAUUGUGUAUCUCUUUAAGCCACUCCUACCCAAAAACAUUCAGGACAAGCAAACAUUUAGAGCAGGAAUCUCCAAAUUCUUCAGGAUUUGUAAUGAAAUAAUGCUCAAUUCCAUUUUGCUCUUUACAUAAGGUGGAGAAUUUGCAUGUCUUCUCUAAUUUUUCCAAGUAAAGUGGUAGCAAAAUGUUUUAAAAAGCAAUCUUAUAUUAGAAAACAAAAAUGUUGUCACUUGAAAUAUCAAAACAAUUGACAUUUCCGAGCAUUGUUGAGGGACUGGCAAAGCAAUCAGCGACUAUAACAAGUCAGUAGAAAUAACCCUCCCACACCAGAUAUGCAUGCAGAAGGAAUGGAGUAUUAUAGAGACUUGAUACAAUGGACAUAUGCACAUGGAGGUACAAAACACACGGUCUUUAAAUACAAAUGAAUUCCAUCAGAUUUACUAUACGGAACAUCAGUAGUGACAGAUUGCACUUACUUAAUAACAGCAAACUUAAUUUCUGAGGGGAAAAAAUGGUGAAGUCUUAUCCCAAACAAAUAGCAAGAGAGGUAUCAUCAAAGAGCUAAAAUUUUCUUUGGCAUGGUAAAGGGGGAAAUUGAGUUUACCAACUUAUUUACAUGACAUUUCUCUAUAUUGGUGGGUAAUGCAAUGCCAUUUUGUUACAUAAAGUUGUUUGAUGUUUUUGAAUAUGCCUUCAUAUAAAUAUUUUAUUCAAUAUGUUGUAUUUGUGAAUACAACAAAUGAUAUUAAACACAGAAACUGUACAAUGCAGACAAACUCUUUGUAUGCAGAUUAGCAAUACAUACCAACAGUUCUUGAUACACAGGUACCUACUACAUGCAGCUCAUCAGUGCUGUCCUCUUCCCAUGCAACAGGUGAGACCAGACACAAAGUAAAUGACCUAACUCAAUUACAAAUAACAAGGACCCCUCUGCAAUAUGUCUAAACAUAUAUUAGAAGAAAGUAUUUGACAUCCUUCAUAGGGAUAAAUGCCCUUAUAGACACCCCAUAUAUAAAACACAACAGAGAUGCACAUUUACAUAAAUCUCAGUCAUUUACAAAAAUAAAUCUUAAUUUAAACCAAUAAACAGACUUGCAGGGGACAAAGAAACCAGCAAGUAGGGCUGAUUAUCAGUCACAAAAACAACUGGGGCUGUUUGCUGUGUGUGUGUGUGUGCACGUGUGUGUGUGUGUGUGAUGUGUUGCUAUAAGUAGUGUCUAUAAGCCCAUUUGAUUGGAUUACAAGUUAAUUACUCAUAGUUGGCCACAUAUUAUGGGAUAUAUGUUUUCUGAAAAUAAUUGGUUAAUGGAAGUUAUUUUAAGUGAUCCUGUUAAAAAACAAUAGGCUUCAAAAUGACAUAA